AUGGGGAACUCGUAUGCUGGCCAGCUACGGACCACACGCUUUGAGGAGGUUCUCCAUAACUCCAUUGAGGCGUCUCUGAGGUCCAACACUGUAGUGCCUCGUCCUGUGUUCUCACAGCUGUAUCUGGAGACAGAGCAGCCGUUGACACAUGAUGGCCGUGCAGAGAAUGAUGAUGAGGAUGAUGAAGAUGGGUCAGAAUCUAACAGUCCUCCUAUACCCUAUCAGAUGAAGCCCCCACCUGAGGGAUGCUGCACCACAGAUGGCUUCUGUCAGGCAGGCCGAGACCUGCGCCUGUCUACACUGGCAUCAGAUCCCUUUGAUGUGCCCACUGGGUUCAUGUUGGUUGGGGUGAAGUCCCCCUCCCUCCCUGAGAGCCUGCUGGUCUGUGCCGUGGACCACCGCUUCCUGCCAGAUGAACGUGGUCACAAUGCACUGCUGGGUUUUUCAGGGAAUUGCAUGGGCUGUGGAGAGAAAGGCUUUCGUUAUUUCACAGAGUUCUCCAACCACAUAAAUCUGAAGCUCAGCACGCAGCCCAAAAAACAAAAGCACUUGAAGUACCUUCUCUACAGAAACAACCAGGGCCUGCUGGUCCAAGGAGCUCCCGUCUUCUGGAGGGGACACGAAUGCAGGAUUAGACGGAUUGCAUCCACCCUUGCAGAAGGUCAUGUGACAUCGGAUGGACAGCCACCAAACAUUAACCCGACUCACCCAUCACACACAGCAGGAGCACAUGUGGACCCACCCGUUCUGCCACAAAUAGCUGACGUUCCCCCCUCGCCGGCAAAUGGCAAUCAUGCUGUUCCCUCCUCCAUCACACAGCCACCUUUAAAUCAGUCAGGGCCGGGAAGACCCUCAGCUACAGGUCCACCUGCAAAUGCUGGACCUCCAAAAAAGAGGCACAAGGGCUGGUCCCCUGAGUCCUCUGCCAACAGUCUGCCAGAGAGCGCUGUGAAGACACCUCCAUCUUCAUCCACCUCAACAACAAUACCAGUUUCUUCUGUUAUAAGUAGUGGAGCCAGGCCAGAGACAGCCGUUCCACUGAGCUCACCGCAGGGUUCCUCAACCCCAAUUUCUCCCCAGCUGUCUGUAACUAUCCCUGAUCAGCUGCUACACACCUGCAGACUGCAACCUGUCAUCUUUAAAGGUCACGGCCCUCUCCCUCAGUUAACUGGCAAUGUCAGUGAAGUGCUCGUCAGUUCUUUGCUCCAGAGCUGUUAUCUGAGCUCCCAGACGCUCCCCAGAGUCUACCAGCACUACGGACCAUCACCCAUCCAGCCGUUGUCAACUGAGAUGCAGAUUCUACUCACGGUGUACUACCUCGUUCAGCUAGGUCCAGACCAGGUGCCCCUCAUUGAGGACUUGGAGCAGAUUUUCAUGAGGUCAUGGAGGGAGUCCCACCUCAGCGAGAUCAGACAGUACCAGCAGCCUCAAACAGCUGCCACCCAAGGGAGACUAUAUGGCAUAGAGACCCUGUCCACCCUGCCUGGCUUCCCACAGCAUCUCUCAUUACCGCCCCAGAGCCAGCAACCUCUGACCCCUAGCCAGCUUCCUUGGCUGGCCCAGCUGGCUGCGUCAUCCUGUGGAGAAGGCGUGGUGGUUGUAGGCGAGCAGGUUGGAUCUUUGGCUCAAGGCAUCCAGCAAACGUUCAGCAGGCUGAAGGAAGGACGGCUCGAAAACACCAACUAUGUAGUAAUUAUUGUCACUGCACCAGGACAGGAAACACAAUCCUGUGUGAUUGUCACAGGUAAACACCAGUGUCGGGCUUUGGCAGAGAGCAUGUACUCUCCCAGUGAGGGACUAAAAGAAAUAAACCAGCAACUUUCCACUGGUGUUGCCCAGGAACUCAUCCACUACUGCAACUGCCUCGGACAAGAUGGUGAUUUGGACUCCCUGCUGGACAGUGCCACCGUGGACAGUAACGAGCAGUCUCCCAUGUCCAGUAGUCAGGAGUCAGCUGAAGAUAAGAGUCUAAAAUCCAGGCACAGUCCAAAAGAUGUUCAAAGACCAAAAGAGUCACAAACACAGGGUUCAAAAGACUCACCGAGCACUAAAGAGGGAGCUUCAAGUCCCAAAGACACCUGUUCAGAAUACUCUGUAGAUUGGCGUGAGGUUCGUCCCAUCCAGCUUGCAGUUGCCAGAAAGCUCCUGUCCCAUGUUUGUGCGAUAGCCGACUCCAGCACUCAGAACCUGGACCUCGGCUCGUUUGACAGGGUCAGCUUCCUCAUCCUAGUCCCGCCCUCUGAGGUCACAUUUCAGCAGACAGUUCUUCACCUCUGGAGCUCUGGUGUCCUUCAGGAGCGGGGGGGUUUAGACCAGGAGUGUUUGUCUCAACAGGAGGCUGAGCGUUAUGUGGUCAAGAUGGAUCAGAGCGCUCAGACACGAAUUGACAACCUCAUUCAGGAAGCACAUAGGAACUCCUACACGCUUUACAUCCUGGUCCAUGACCAUGCCCACCGGGACAUUAACAUUGAAUCCUGCAGUAGCUCAGACAGUAGUUUGGGUCUGGUGGACCAGUUGUUAAACUCCAGACAGGUCCGAGAUGCUCCAAACAUCCUUAUCCUCCACGUCACUUCUUUCCCCUUCGCCCUGCAGACGCAGUAUACUCGCAUCAGCCCUUACAACGAGAUCCACUGGCCCUCUGCGUUCAGUAAUGAUGUGGACUUGUACCAUGAGAGGACGAGGUACUUUGGUGUGUCAGAGCUUUUAGAGUCAACGCGUUCAGGCAGCAGCCUGCCUCUGAUGCGUUGUGAUUCCUCCUUUGAAAGUAUGGCAUCUGCUCUGGAAGAGAGGUUCCCAAAGCUGCACAGUGCUGUGAUCCGGACUACAGUAUUGAUCCAACACUACUGUGUGGCUCUGAUGGCUGUAUCUGGCAGAAUCAGCGGCUCCCACAAUCUCCACAAACACACGUCUGUAGAGACCCUAGAGAUUGUACAAUCACUGCUCACUGCUGCCCAGCAAUGUCCCGCCCACCAUGGCCACAUGGUCCUGCUGCGGAUCCCCUCGCUGGCUCUGGCAGCGUGGGCCCACAGACGGCUGUCCAGGGUUAGGAGGCAGCUUGGUCUGGAGGAGAGUUUUGAAAUCAUCAUGGGGAAUCCAAACCAAGCUCUGACUAUUGGACAGAACUUCACUGACCAGAUCAAGACAUGGCUGAAGAUCCAGGAGGCUGACUGGGUUCCUCGGACCUACCUAGAACUGGAGGCCCUCCCCUGCAUACUUAUCUUGUCAGGAGCUGAGCCUCUGGGAGAAUCCCUGCCCAGAUCACUGAAGUACUGUGAUCUCAGAGUGAUAAGCUGCUCCUACCUCCAGAGGACCACACUUGAACAAGAGCUAGGACUGGCUGCUUAUCUAGUGAAGGCAGAGUCCCGACCUCCACACAACCCAGGACCAGGAAGUGACCAGCUGGAGAGUGAUGCAGAGAAACUCAGCAGUACUGACAAUGAGGAGGAGGAGGGACAAGAGAAUGGGGACUCCCCUCUGUCAUCCAGUCAGCAGCUUCGGUCAGGCCCAGACAGUGGAGGUUCAGAUCCCUUCCCUGCACAAAGCACCAGCUCUCCAAAUGUUCAGAAAAGGACCCCUGAUACCAUAAAGUCUCCCUCACCAUCACAGACUCAAAAUCAACCCCAGCCCCUGUCUCAAUCUCUUCUGUGUCCUCAACCUGCGCUACACCACCAAACCCUCCCUCAAGUGCAGGGUCACUCCCAGCCCCAAUUUCAGAGUCAAAAUCAGUCACUAUCUCAACCAAAUUCCCAACAUUACAAUCAAACAUCUUCCCAGCACCAGUCGCUCUCCAACAUGCAAGUACCUCAUACUCAGCCACAAAUACUUCCCCCUGCACAGUCUCGCCGCCAACACUCCAAGUCCACCUCCUCUGGCUCCUUGUCCCCCCGAGCCUCCUCUCCUCAUCUGAGCUGCUCCUGGGCUCGAGGAGUGAGUCGACCGCCCUCUGUGCUCCUCCCUCGUGCCCUCUACGAUAUCAUCACAGCUAGCGACAGCAGCGGGCUUCCACGAUGUACUACAUUCCUGCCACACAUGUCCGUCGCAUGGGCCAGCAGCUUUAGGCCCUUGCUGAGUAAGAUGAUGACGUGCACAGAGCAGUCACUGUACUAUCGCCAGUGGACCGUGCCUCGCUCCUACCACAUGGACUGCAGCAACCGCACUGAAGGACGAAGUGACAACUUUCACCCUCGCAGACUGCUGCUCAGUGGACCUCCACAGGUGGGUAAGACAGGAGCGUACCUACACUUCUUAGGUACUUUGUCUCGGAUGCUGAUCAGGCUGAUGGAGGUGGAUAUCUACGAUGAAGAAGACAUCAACUACAGUGCUCAGGCAGAGGGAGUGCAGUACCACCUACCCAACUCUCGCUGGCCCAACCCAGAUAUCAUGAAGACUAUACACUUCAACUACACCAUCCAUGAUCCCAAAUAUGAUGACAUCAGCUCUGUCUAUUGCCCUGAAUACAAACCCAGUGCUAAGGGAAACCCGAUGCGCCAGGAGGAUGUGUACAUUAGACGGCGGACAUCUAGGAUCAAGCUGUCUAAAUAUGCAGCCUACAACACCUACCACCACUGUGAACAGUGUCACCAGUACCUGGGCUUCAAUCCAAGAUACCAGAUGUAUGAGUCAACACUGCAUGCCUUCACAUUCACCCAUCUACUGCUCGGGGAAGAGAUCCAACUCUACUUCAUCAUCCCAAAGUCUAAAGAGCACUACUUCAGCUUCAGCAAUCCUGGAGGCCAGCUGGAGAGCAUGAGGCUGCCUCUCACCUCUGACUGGAGCCCAGACUGCAUCAAGAGUCCAAUCUUCACCCCGACCACUGGCCGUCAUGAGCAUGGGCUCUUUAACCUGUACCAUGCUAUGGACGGAGCCUCUCAUCUACACAUCCUGGUGGUCAAAGAAUACGAGAUGGCUGUGUAUAAGAAAUACUGGCCCAACCACAUCAUGCUGGUCCUGCCCACUGUCUUCAAUGGAGCUGGAAUAGGUGCUGCUCAUUUCCUGAUUAAAGAGCUCUCAUAUCACAACUUAGAGCUGGAGCGCAGUCGACGUUUGGAGGGAGGGGGCCCAGCAGGUGAUGUCUGGCCUUUCAUCAUACUGGCUGAUGACUCCUGUGUUAUGUGGAACGCAGUGGAUCUGGACACUCGAAGUGGUGCAGUGGAGCAGGCUGUGUCACUGAAGCAGGUCCUACAGCACAUGGAGGCAUGUCCAGACCUGGUCCAAUAUGGACUCUGCGGGAUCAGGAAGUGGAGCAGCCGUGGACUCACAGGCAAUCCAAGGAGAGAGCCGUUCUCCAGGGGUCACCUUCACGACUUCCUCCUACUCAAUGUCGACCGCAGUCAGAACGUGCAGUAUGACCAGAACCGCUUCACCUGUCACGAUGUAGACUUCACCCUGAGGCUGCACAGUGCAGGACUGCUCGUCUGCCGGUUCAAUAGCUUCAGCGUCAUGAAGAAGCAGAUCGCCAUCGGAGGAUACAGGACAUUCAUCAUCAAGACCAAGAUGACAGAUGUUCCCACCUCAGUUGGGCCAUCGCAGUACGUUUGUGCCCCAGACAGCAAGCACCUUUUCUUGGCUACACCUGCUCAGUUGCUCCUGGAGAAAUACCUCCAACACACCAGCCAGAAGCUGUUUCCCCUCAGCACCAAGAACUACGCACACCCUGUACUGUCUGUGGACUGCUACCUCAACCUGGGGCCUGAGGUGACGGUGUGUUUUGUGAGUUCCAGACCUCACUCUGUCAACAUCAGCACCACAGGGCUACUUUUCAGCGGCCUCCUCCUCUGUUUUGCUGACUCCUUUGUGACUGCUGGGUUCCUCAAGAAGUUCACCUUCCUCCAAGGUGCGACUCUGUGUGUCAUUGGUGCAGAUCGUAGCUCCUUGAGGCAAACGGUGGGCAGGCUGGAGCUAGAGGAGGAGUGGAGGUUCAGGCUCAGUGACGAAUUCCAGACUGCCAACGCCAAAGAGGACCGACCACUCUUCUUUUUGACUGGAAAACAUAUAUGACUGAAACACUAAUAAAAAGUUGACUA